AUGACUUGCGUGACGGUUUUCCGUCUGGACAAUCGACUGGUCAAGGAGAAACAGCUGAGUUUUGGUCAACACGUGCAGCACGAAGCGAAGCCAACAUAUCUGCACUUCAUUCUUGAUCGAACCCUGUCAUUUAAGCCACAUCUGGAAAAAACAGCAGCAGGUCAAUUGGUGAAUCUGACUUGUUACGAAAACUUGCUGGCACCUCUUUGGGAGCAGGCGUUUGCGUGCUGCAUACUACAGCCCUGCCGCUUGUAUAUUCUGUCACAGAGUAUUGUUCCCCUGUUUGAUGCCACAGCUGCCACAUGA